AUGGCCGCCGCUUCCGCGCCGCUGCUGCUGGCUCUGGCGCUCGCCUUCGCCGCCUCCCUGGCCGCCGCGGGGGACACCAACCGCGUCUACGACCCCUGCACCGACACCAAGAUCCAGCGCGGGGACGGCUUCACCUUCGGCCUCGCCUUCGCCGCCAGCGGCGCCUUCUACUCCGGCUCCACCCAGCUCUCCCCCUGCGACCGCCGCCUCACCCAGCUCUCCCAGCUCUCCCUCUUCCGCCCCAAGGUCGACGAGAUCUCCCUCCUCACCGUCAACACCACCACCGGCUUCAGCCCCGUAAGCGCCUCAGCUGGUGGGUACAUGGUAGCAUUUGCUGGUAGGAAGUAUGCAGCCAGAUCUCAACCAGUCUUUGUCUCCAAUUCCUCAGUUACAGUGUCCAGCUUCACCCUGGUUCUUGAAUUCAACAAAGGCAAGCUUCAGAACCUGCACUGGAAAAAGGAUGGGUGCGGUGCCUGCACAGGGAAGCCAAACUUCAUCUGCCUGGGCAAGCAAACCUGCGCCAUCAGAACAAACAUAUGCAAGAGCAAUAACCAGGGAUCCAUGGACUGCAGCAUCGGCAUCCAGCUGGCCUUCUCGGGCACGGACAAGCACGAGUCGGUCCUCAACUCGUGGUACGAGGUGUCGAACCUGCAGCAGUACUCGCUCUACGGGCUGUACUCAAACGUGAAGGGGUCCCUGAGCGGCCAGUUCAACAAGUUCUUCUAG